AUGACGAGUGCUGAGGCUCGAUUUUCUAACGAGUUUUCGGACAUGGAUAAUAUUGCUAAAGAGAAUUUUGUAGUGCUUCAACUUGCAACAAAGACUCUACAGCAUACGUACGGCAUCAUCGCUACAAGUGCCACAGCAAUUAAUGUUCUAGCGGGCGAGGAGGUGAGCGUGCAAUCAAGGUCGACUGUCACGCGCCACGAAUGGACCAUGAACGACGAACGCCGAUUGUUGAAGUUAAAAGAUGCUCAAAAGUUAUCGUGGCGGCAAAUUCAUUAA